AUGGGAAAAGCAUAUCACCCUGGCUGCUUUCGUUGUUGUGAAUGUAAUGAAUGCUUGGAUGGGGUUCCAUUCACGAUUGAUGUAGACAACAAAAUAUACUGUGUGGCAGACUAUCAUAGAGUUUUUGCUCCCAAAUGUGCUGCUUGUGGUCAGGCCAUCACUCCUGUUGAGGGAACUGAAGAAACAGUUCGUGUUGUGUCAAUGGAUAAAGAUUUCCAUGUGGAUUGCUACCAUUGUGAGGACUGUGGCAUGCAGUUAACUGAUGAACCAGACAAGCGUUGCUAUCCGUAUCAAGAUAUACUCCUCUGUCGCAAUUGCCACAUCAAACGUCUCAAUAAGCGCUACCCAGAUGAGAAAUUCUGUGUUGAUCCAGUGACACAGCUUAUCAAGAAUAUGGCCGAUGACAAGUCAAAGAACAACAGUGGUGCAAGCUUCCACCUUGGAGGGACUGUGGGUGAUUUUGUUCCAGCUACAAUCAGCGUCCUCUCUUCUCCUCAAAUGAACACUCCUGCAGGUUACCGAGGCUCUUACUGUAGCAACAGUACCACCGGUGGAGCCGAUGGUGGUGGUGGUGGUGGGGCUAGCAGUAACCGUAGCAGUGGUAUGCACAAUUAUGGGGUUGAUACUGACCAGUACUCCUCUUCGAAUUACCCACUGCUGCCGCCGCCCCCACCACAAGGAUAUAAUCAACAGUUGCCAACAUCCCCUGUGAAAUCUUCUAUCAAAUACCAAAUUACUGAAUUGUAA